UUAUUCGUCUCAGAUGUCAUGGCAGACCAGGUAAGUUAUGCAUCUGUAUGUGUAGAUGUUUAUGUACUACAUUUGUCUCUUCUUUUGUGUGAUUACAGAUGUUUAGAGUGAUUGAGUGAUGGGUGUUUAUGAUUGUACACAUGCCAGAGUUAUUUUUGUACACAAGUCAUUGAAGUGUGAAUAAUGACAUUUUGAUACAUUGUUAGCAUUUUGUAUUCUGCACAAUAGGAGGAUUCAUUGCAGGCCAUGCAGAACUGCUUCCGCAGUCAGUUUAGUGUGGAGGAGGUUGAGUGUGAGGACAUUGAAGCAUACAGGUGUGUUUCUUUUGAACUGUUUUGCAUGUGAGUUGUGUGUGAUUCCUUCGAUUACAUGUUUUGGUUAUCUUAUACUUGUCUCGCAUCUGGAGAAAACGUGAUGAGAUAAGGUGAACAUCAUGUCCUUGCUGCUUUUGUGUGUAUCUCUUUUCUCAGGAGAACACCAUCGGUUGAUGAAGACAGUAUCUAUCUUGCCUGCACACUGUCACGAUCAUACGACCCUGGAGACUCUGAUCUUCACAACACUCCUGUUAUCAAGAUGGGUUGGCUGGACAAGACCCCACCUCAGGGGUAAGAGAGAGGGGUGUGUGUGUGCGCAUGAGUGCGUGUGUGUACAUGCAUACAUUUGUGUGUUUGUUCAUGCAUGUGUGUGUGUGCAUGAUUUAGAGUGUAAGUAAUCUCUGUUUUAUUUGCAGGAGCCUUAUUUUCCAGAAGCGUUGGGUGAUGUUAGAUGCACAGUACCUUCGAUACUUUCAAAACGAGAAGGUUCAGACGUCUUCCAUAGACCCACACAUAGUGUCACAGAUCAGAGUGUAUACUGUGAAAUAACUUACUUAUUAGACCCCCCCUUCCUUCUCACUCCUUCUCUCCUUUUUCCUCAGGAGGUCUACUCAAAGCGGAUCAUAGCCAUACCGUCUGUCAAUGAAGUGCUUAACGUUGGAGAGCAGAAGUUUGAGGUGGUGACAAGGAACAGGACUUUCUUGUUCCGUGCUGAAAACAACAGUAAGUGUUCAGCCUAAAAUAACAAUGAUCACAAUGAGGAAAUAUGAAUACUUUGUGUGUGUAAUCUAUGUAUGUAUGUAUGUGUGUGUGUGUGUGUUUUCAGCUGUCAGGGAGGAAUGGGUGUCAGUACUGAAAGAAACUAUUCAGCAGCAUCGUAACAGCAUGGAGAUGUCCCUUAUGAACUUCAGUUUUACCAGUGGACAGUGUGAUAGUGGAGUCUCUCUCGUUAGUAAACAAGGAUACCUGGAGAUUAAUGGACUGCGCUCCAAAGUCUAUGUAGUCAUCUGUGCAGACAGGGUCUUCCUCUACGGGAACGCUGAGGUGUGUAUCCAUGGUGCAUGCAUUUGUCCCAAAAAAAAAGAAACGUGCAUGAAAGUCCUUUGGAGUCAGUUAUGUAUUCUUAAAAACCUGUGAUGUUCUCUGUCAUCAGGAGUACAGCCAGGGUGUUGGCAUCACCUCCAUUGAGAUGAAUGUGGGUACUGUGAAGAGCACAGACAAACGGUCCUUUAACCUCACCACCUUCUACAGGACAUUCAGGUGAGACUGACCUCUGAAUGACCCUUUAAUGUCAUCCCACAGUGAACCCUCUGUGACCCCUGUUCUGUUUGGUUAGUUUUCUGGCCGAGUCGGCGCAGCAGAGAGAUCAGUGGGUGGUUGCCCUGCAGGCCUGUGUCAGUCGCUCUCUGUCCAGUGACGUGGUGGCCCACAAGAUCUGGGCUGAGAAGGCCAACCAGCGCUGUGCUGACUGUGGCGCCCCCCACCCAGACUGGGCCUCUGUCAACCUCUGUGUGGUCCUCUGCAAGUGCUGUGCAGGUACAGAAGAACCAUGCCUAGAUAAAGUCCAGACUCAGAGAGUCAUUGGUCAAGAGCAUUGAUUGGUCAAGAUCACUCAUUAUAUCCUGCUGCUACUCUGUUCUUUAUUUUACUCUUAUUAUUAUCUAUCCUGAUGCCAUUUUAGCCUGCCUUCAUGUUCAUAUCUAUCUCAAUUACCUUGUACACCUGCACAUUGAUCUGGUACUGGUACUCCCUGUAUAUAGCUUAAUUCUUGUAUAUUUUAUUCCUCUUGUGUUACUAUAAUUUUUUAAAAACUGCAUUACAUUUACAUUUACGUCAUUUAGCAGACGCUCUUAUCCAGAGCGACUUACAAAUUGGUGCAUUCACCCUAUAGCCAGUGGGAUAACCACUUAACUUUUUUUUUGGGGGGGGGGGGGGGGGGGGGGGGGGGGGGGGGGGGUAGAAGGAUUACUUUAUCCUAUCCCAGGUAUUCCUUAAAGAGGUGGGGUUUCAAAUGUCUCCGGAAGGUGGUGAGUGACUCCGCUGUCCUGGCGUCGUGAGGGAGCUUGUUCCACCAUUGGGGUGCCAGAGCAGCGAACAGUUUUGACUGGGCUGAGCGGGAACUAUGCUUCCGCAGAGGAAGGGGAGCCAGCAGGCCAGAGGUGGAUGAACGCAAUGCCCUCGUUUGGGUGUAGGGACUGAUCAGAGCCUGAAGGUACGGAGGUGCCGUUCCCCUCACAGCUCCAUAGGCAAGCACCAUGGUCUUGUAACGGAUGCGAGCUUCAACUGGAAGCCAGUGGAGUGUGCGGAGGAGGGGGGUGACGUGAGAGAACUUGGGAAGGUUGAACACCAGACGGGCUGCGGCAUUCUGGAUGAGUUGUAGGGGUUUAAUGGCACAGGCAGGGAGCCCAGCCAACAGCGAGUUGCAGUAAUCCAGACGGGAGAUGACCAGUGCCUGGAUUAGGACCUGUGCCACUUCCUGUGUAAGGCAGGGUCGUACUCUCCGAAUGUUGUAGAGCAUGAACCUGCAGGAUCGGGUCACCGCCUUGAUGUUAGCGGAGAACGACAGGGUGUUGUCCAGGGUCACGCCAAGGCUCUUCGCACUCUGGGAGGAGGACACAACGGAGUUGUCAACCGUGAUGGCGAGAUCAUGGAACGGGCAGUCCUUCCCCGGGAGGAAGAGCAGCUCCGUCUUGCCAGGGUUCAGCUUGAGGUGGUGAUCCGUCAUCCAUACUGAUAUGUCUGCCAGACAUGCAGAGAUGCGAUUCGCCACCUGGUUAUCAGAAGGGGGAAAGGAGAAGAUUAGUUGUGUAUCGUCAGCGUAGCAAUGAUAGGAGAGGCCAUGUGAGGAUAUGACAGAGCCAAGUGACUUGGUGUAUAGGGAGAAAAGGAGAGGGCCUAGAACUGAGCCCUGGGGGACACCAGUGGUGAGAGCACGUGGUGCGGAGACAGCUUCUCGCCACGCCACUUGGUAGGAGCGACCGGUCAGGUAGGACGCAAUCCAGGAGUGAGCCGCGCCGGAGAUGCCCAGCUCGGAGAGGGUGGAGAGGAGGAUCUGAUGGUUCACAGUAUCAAAGGCAGCAGACAGGUCUAGAAGGACAAGAGCAGAGGAGAGAGAGUUAGCUUUAGCAGUGCGGAGAGCCUCCGUGACACAGAGAAGAGCAGUCUCAGUUGAAUGACCAGUCCUGAAACCUGACUGGUUUGGAUCAAGAAGGUCAUUCUGAGAGAGAUAGCAAGAGAGUUGGCUAAAGACGGCACGCUCAAUAGUUUUGGAAAGAAAAGAAAGAAGGGAUACUGGUCUGUAGUUGUUGACAUCAGUGGGAUCGAGUGUUGGUUUUUUGAGAAGGGGUGCAACUCUCGCUCUCUUGAAGACGGAAGGGACAUAGCCAGCGGUCAAGGAUGAGUUGAUCAGCGAGGUGAGGUAGGGGAGAAGGUCACCGGAGAUGGUCUGGAGAAGAGAGGAGGGGAUGGGGUCAAGCGGGCAGGUUGUUGGGCGGCCUGCAGUCACAAGUCGCAAGAUUUUAUCUGGAGAGAGAGGGGAGAAAGAAGUCAAAGCAUAGGGUAGGGCAGGUAGUGUGAGCAGGACCAGCAGUGUCAUUAGACUUAACAAACGAGGAUCGGAUGUUGUCAACCUUCUUUUCAAAGUGGUUGACGAAGUCAUCCACAGAGAGGGAGGAGGGGGGGGGGGGGGGGGGGGGGGGGGUGGGGGGGGGGGGGGGGGUGGGGGGGGGGGGGUGGGGGGGAGGAUUCAGCAGUGAGGAGAAUGUGGCAAAGAGCUUCCUAGGGUUAGAGGCAGAUGCUUGGAAUUUAGAGUGGUAGAAAGUGGCCUUAGCAGCAGAAACAGAUGAAGAAAAUGUAGAGAGGAGGGAGUGAAAAGAUGCCAGGUCGGCAGGGAGUUUAGUUUUCUUCCAUUUCCGCUCCGCUGCCCGGAGCUCUGUUCUGUGAGCUCGCAAUGAGUCAUCAAGCCACGGAGCUGGAGGGGAGGACCGAGCCGGCCGGGAGGAUAGGGGACACAGGGAGUCAAAGGAUGCAGAAAGGGAGGAGAGGAGGGUUGAGGAGGCAGAAUCAGGAGAUUGGAGGGAGAAGGAUUGAGCAGAGGGAAGAGAUGAUAGGAUGGAAGAGGAGAGAGUAGUGGGAGAGAGAGAGCGAAGGUUGCGGCGGCGCGUUACCAUCUGUGUAGGGGCAGAGUGAGUAGUGUUGGAGGAGAGCGAGAGAGAAAAGGAUACAAAGUAGGGAGGAUUCAGCAGUGAGGAGAAUGUGGCAAAGAGCUUCCUAGGGUUAGAGGCAGAUGCUUGGAAUUUAGAGUGGUAGAAAGUGGCCUUAGCAGCAGAAACAGAUGAAGAAAAUGUAGAGAGGAGGGAGUGAAAAGAUGCCAGGUCGGCAGGGAGUUUAGUUUUCUUCCAUUUCCGCUCCGCUGCCCGGAGCUCUGUUCUGUGAGCUCGCAAUGAGUCAUCAAGCCACGGAGCUGGAGGGGAGGACCGAGCCGGCCGGGAGGAUAGGGGACACAGGGAGUCAAAGGAUGCAGAAAGGGAGGAGAGGAGGGUUGAGGAGGCAGAAUCAGGAGAUUGGAGGGAGAAGGAUUGAGCAGAGGGAAGAGAUGAUAGGAUGGAAGAGGAGAGAGUAGUGGGAGAGAGAGAGCGAAGGUUGCGGCGGCGCGUUACCAUCUGUGUAGGGGCAGAGUGAGUAGUGUUGGAGGAGAGCGAGAGAGAAAAGGAUACAAAGUAGUGGUCGGAGACAUGGAGGGGAGUUGCAGUGAGAUUAGUAGAAGAGCAACAUCUAGUAAAGAUGAAGUCAAGCGUAUUGCCUGCCUUGUGAGUAGGGGGGGACGGUGAGAGGGUGAGGUCAAAAGAGGAGAGGAGUGGAAAGAAGGAGGCAGAGAGAAAUGAGUCAAAUGUAGACGUAGGGAGGUUGAAAUCCCCCAAAACUGUGAGGGGUGAGCCAUCCUCAGGAAAGGAACUUGUCAAGCUCAUUGAUGAACUCUCCAAGGGAACCUGGAGGGCGAUAGAUGACAAGGAUAUUAAGCUUAAAUGGGCUAGUGACUGUGACAGCGUGGAAUUCAAAUGAGGAGAUAGACAGAUGGGUUAGGGGAAAAAUUGAGAAUGACCACUUGGGAGAGAUGAGGAUUCCUGUGCCACCACCCCUCUGACCAGAUGCUCUCGGGGUAUGCGAGAACACAUGGUCAGACGAGGAGAGAGAGCAGUAGGAGUAGCAGUGUUUUCAGUGGUAAUCCAUGUUUCCGUCAGCGCCAGGAAGUCGAGGGACUGGAGGGUAGCAUAGGCUGGGAUGAAGUCAGCCUUGUUGGCAGCAGAACGGCAGUUCCAGAGGCUGCCUGAGACCUGGAACUCCAGGUGUGUGGUGCGUGCAGGGACCACCAGGUUAGAGAGGCAGCAGCCACGCGGUGUGAGGCGUUUGUGUAGCCUGUGCGGAGAGGAGAGAACAGGGAUAGGCAGAGGCAUAGUUGACAGGCUGUAGCAGAUGGCUACAAUAAUGCAGAGGAGAUCGGAAUGAAAUGAACUGAACAUCUGGGAAAGGAGAGAGCAGGGCCUCCCUCACCAAAAAAAUAUAACUCUCCCAACUUCCACCUCAGAAACUAUAAUUGUUUCACUGAACCACCCGAAUAAAACUCUCCCAACUUCCACUUUAGAAAUUAGAAUUGUUGUAAACUACAGCGGUUCAAUGUUUCAAGGAAUAGACUCAACUUACUUUAUUCAGCUAACUAACUAUGACGCCAUAGCUAACUAGCAUGCUAGCAUCCAAUAACACACAGUUUAGCACCAAUACUUGGUUACAACAAACUACCAAUAGUGUGUUAACACACUAAACAGAUAAUUCGUGUCCGUGUCUAGUUCUUUCAUAACGCAGCAAUAAUUAAACGUUGGCUAGCUAGCACAAAGAUAUUGUAUUUAGCUACUACAGUACAGCUAGCUGGUAGUGUUGGCUAGCUAGCAAUGGCUGCUGUGUUGACUUUGUUUGAAAAACGGCGUCGCUGCGAACGAAUGUAGCUGGCUAAAAGGAUAUUGUAUUUAGUUGCUACCGUUGCUAAUCAGCUAGUCCAGGAGGUGAGUUAGCUAGCUAGCUUCGUGCUACACCCGGCACCGCCGAAUACAAAAGUAACCUACAAUAACUACAUACAACAACUACCCACAACAACCCACGAUGCCUAGCUACAAUACCCAACUACAAUCUAAAUACAUAGUUUAAGCCUUACUCGACAAAGCCCAAGCUAUGCAUAAAGCCAAACUUACCCGACGCCAGCUGUCUGGGUGGUUUUCUGCAAUCAGUAGCUGUAAUUAAGUACACUAGCUACUAACUACCUAACGUUAAUGCUUCAGAUAAUGAGGUUAGAAAAACAGCUGAAUGGUAGGUAGCUAGCUGGCUUAAUUACAGGUACUCUUAAGCGUGAAAUAACAUUGGAAACAACUAUCCACCGUUGCUAAAAGUUACCAGUAGCUACCCGCUAGCUAGCUAGCUCUAUCGGUUAAUGCUUCAGAUAAUGAGGUUAGAAAAACAGCUGAAUGGUAGGUAGCUAGCUGGCUUAAUUACAGGUACUCUUAAGCGUGAAAUAACAUUGGAAACAACUAUCCACCGUUGCUAAAAGUUACCAGUAGCUACCCGCUAGCUAGCUAGCUCUAUCGGUUAAUGCUUCAGAUAAUGAGGUUAGAAAAACAGCUGAAUGGUAGGUAGCUAGCUGGCUUAAUUACAGGUACUCUUAAGCGUGAAAUAACAUUGGAAACAACUAUCCACCGUUGCUAAAAGUUACCAGUAGCUACCCGCUAGGUUAGCUAGCCUCGUGCUUACGAUCCCAUUCAGAAGGGAUCGUAAGCAAGCCUAUCACAGUAAAGUCUACACCCGUUGUAUUCGGCACAUGUGACAAACAAAAUAGAAUUUGAUUUUAAAAUAUUUCAGGUUAAUAACAGUUGUACCACAUUGGUACAGUGCACAUGCAUUUCCAUUGGAUAACAAUGCCUGGUAGAGGACAUUGAAAUCUAACUCUGACAUCUCUCUGUGGAUUAGGCGUGCACAGGGGUCUGGGCCAGAGUGUGUCCAAAGUUCGCAGUCUGAGGAUGGAUGAAACAGUGUGGACUGAUAACCUUAUUCAGGUAGGCACAGUCUCUAAUGAGUAUUCUAUUAGUAACCUCAUCCUCAGCACCCAUAUGUGGUCCUCUUCUAUUUAUGUUCCUCACACUAUGCUUCCUCUUAUUUGUAUAUUUGUAUUCAUUUACAUGUUGUCCUUUGAAAAGAAGAACUCUCUCAUAGCUCACCCUGUCAAUAAAGGGAUACAGUGGGGGAAAAAAGUAUUUAGUCAGCCACCAAUUGUGCAAGUUCUCCCACUUAAAAAGAUGAGAUAGGCCUGUAAUUUUCAUCAUAGGUACACGUCAACUAUGACAGACAAAAUGAGAUUUUUUUUCUCCAGAAAAUCACAUUGUAGGAUUUUUAAUGAAUUUAUUUGCAAAUUAUGGUGGAAAAUAAGUAUUUGGUCAAUAACAAAAGUUUCUCAAUACUUUGUUAUAUACCCUUUGUUGGCAAUGACACAGGUCAAAUGUUUUCUGUAAGUCUUCACAAGGUUUUCACACACUGUUGCUGGUAUUUUGGCCCAUUCCUCCAUGCAGAUCUCCUCUAGAGCAGUGAUGUUUUGGGGCUGUCGCUGGGCAACACGGACUUUCAACUCCCUCCAAAGAUUUUCUAUGGGGUUGAGAUCUGGAGACUGGCUAGGCCACUCCAGGACCUUGAAAUGCUUCGUUGCCCGGGCGGUGUGUUUGGGAUCAUUGUCAUGCUGAAAGACUCAGCCACGUUUCAUCUUCAAUGCCCUUUCUGAUGGAAGGAGGUUUUCACUCAAAAUCUCACAAUACAUGGCCCCAUUCAUUCUUUCCUUUACACGGAUCAGUCGUUCUGGUCCCUUUGCAGAAAAACAGCCCCAAAGCAUGAUGUUUCCACCCCCAUGCUUCACAGUAGGUAUGGUGUUCUUUCGAUGCAACUCAGCAUUCUUUGUCCUCCAAACACGACGAGUUGAGUUUUUACCAAAAAGUUCUAUUUUGGUUUCAUCUGACCAUAUGACAUUCUCCCAAUCCUCUUCUGGAUCAUCCAAAUGCACUCUAGCAAACUUCAGACGGGCCUGGACAUGUACUGGCUUAAGCAGGGGGACACGUCUGGCACUGCAGGAUUUGAGUCCCUGGCGGCGUAGUGUGUUACUGAUGGGGAGUAGGCUUUGUUACUUUGGUCCCAGCUCUCUGCAGGUCAUUCACUAGGUCCCCCCAUGUGGUUCUGGGAUUUUUUCAUUUUGACCCCACGGGGUGAGAUCUUGCGUGGAGCCCCAGAUCGAGGGAGAUUAUCAAUGGUCUUGUAUGUCUUCCAUUUCCUAAUAAUUGCUCCCACAGUUGAUUUCUUCAAACCAAGCUGCUUACCUAUUGCAGAUUCAGUCUUCCCAGCCUGGUGCAGGUCUACAAUUUUGUUUCUGGUGUCCUUUGACAGCUCUUUGGUCUUGGCCAUAGUGGAGUUUGGAGUGUGACUGUUUGAGGUUGUGGACAGGUGUCUUUUAUACUGAUAACAAGUUCAAACAGGUGCCAUUAAUACAGGUAACGAGUGGAGGACAGAGGAGCCUCUUAAAGAAGAAGUUACAGGUCUGUGAGAGCCAGAAAUCUUGCUUGUUUGUAGGUGACCAAAUACUUAUUUUCCACCAUAAUUUGCAAAUAAAUUCAUUAAAAAUCGUACAAUGUGAUUUUCUGGAUUUUCUUUUCUCAAUUUGUCUGUCAUAGUUGACGUGUACCUAUGAUGAAAAUUACAGGCCUCUCUCAUCUUUUUAAGUGGGAGAACUUGCACAAUUGGUGGCUGACUAAAUACUUUUUUCCCCCACUGUACAUCUUUCAGAUCAAGGUUCUAAUGUCACUCUCUGUUCACCAGGUGUUCCUGUUAGGUAACAACAGGGUAAACCUGUUCUGGGCAGCUAACAUGCCACCAAGCGAGGCGCUCCACCCAUCAAGUGAUAGUGAGAAGCGCCAGCGCUUUAUCACUGCUAAGUACUGUCAGGGGAAAUACCGCCGCUACCAUGCUCUGUUUGGCCAACAGGAGGCCCUCAACAAAGUGAGAAACUCUACUGUCAAUGUCACUCUCUCUCUCCUCUCUCUCUCUUCUCUACUAUGCUCUCUCUUCUUCUCUCUAUUUUCUCCUCUUUCUCUCUCUCUCUCAAUCUAUACUCUCAAAAGUUUAGACAUGUAUUUUCUGCUCUGAUGGAGUCGCUUAUCGAGACUUAGGAAGAAGAGAGGCAGAUAGGGGAUCGAUAGGAGAUCAUCGUUCUAUGCUAUAGAUCUAGAGAUCUCGCUAUCGAGACUAUACUAUCGCUCUCUUAUCUCUCUCUCUCUCUCUCAUCUGAUAUCUAUGUUUCUCUCUCUUCUCUCUUCUCCAUCUCAUACUCUCAAAAGUUUAGAAUGUAUGUUCUGCUCUGAUGAUCGCGGAGAGAUAGAGCGCUUCUUAUCUCUCUCUCUUCUACUCUCUCCCCUCGAUCUCUCUCUCUCUCUCUCUCUCUCUCCUUCCCUCUCCCUCUAUCUCUCUCUCUCUCUCUCUCUCCAUCCCUGCCUACCUCUCAGGCUCUGUGCAGUACCGUUCAGACGGGUGAUGUAUUGGAGACUCUGUCUCUGGUGUUCUGUGGAGCAGAUGUGAAUUGUUAUACAGGUGAUCCAGAGCUGCCCAGCCCUGUGUCCAUGGCCCAACACUAUGGACAGAUACUACAGGUGGAGUUCCUCACUCACAACCACAACACAGGUAGGAGUCUCAUCAAUCAACCCUCCACUCCAUUUAUAUUUUUUCUGGGUGCAUCUCCGACGGCCUGUACAGGUCUGGAACAAUGCGCCUAUUUUAUUUAGUUUUCGUAUCCAAAGCUCAUGACCACAACGUAGCUGGUGUCGUAAAUGACCCAAAUUAACUGUAUCAUUAUUAUUGCUCUUUGUUUUUGUUGUCAAUUGUUUGUCAGUGUUGUUUUGUCUCCUGUUGUAUGAAGUUGUUGUUUAUGGAUGCUGUGUGGCUUUUCUGCCACCAGGUGGCAUGUUUUGUGUUGUCAUGCACUUAAACAAAUAAAAACUCCAAUAAAAUAUAUGAAAGAGAACCCUCUGCUCCAACUUUACAUCCAACUUGUAUUGGACACAGGACAUUUCUGUUUUGUUCAGUAUAGGAGACAACAGUAGUUCUAUGUUACAAGACCAUGGCGCUUGCCUACGGAGCUGUGAGGGGAACGGCACCUCCGUACCUUCAGGCUCUGAUCAGUCCCUACACCCAAACGAGGGCAUUGCGUUCAUCCACCUCUGGCCUGCUGGCCCCCCUACCUCUGCGGAAGCACAGUUCCCGCUCAGCCCAGUCAAAACUAUUCGCUGCUCUGGCACCCCAAUGGUGGAACAAGCUCCCUCACGACGCCAGGACAGCGGAGUCACUCACCACCUUCCGGAGAACCUUGAAACCCCACCUCUUUAAGGAAUACCUGGGAUAGGAUAAAGUAAUCCUUCUACCCCCCCCUUACCCCCCCCCCCCCCCCCCCCCAAAAAAAAACAAACAAACAUAUUGUUAAGUGGUUAUCUCACUGGCUAUAAGGUGAAUGCACCAAUUUGUAAGUCGCUCUGGAUAAAAGCGUCUGCUAAAUGAUGUAAAUGUAAUGUAAAUGUAAUGUAAAUGUAUGUAUUUCCUCUCUAGAGCUGCCAGGGUCUAGGGCUGGAGAUCACACACUCCUAGAGGCUGCUUUCCCCGUCUCACACACUGGUUAUCUCUUCAAGACCGCUUCCUCAAUACGGCCAGUAACAGAGCACAAAGCAAAAGGAGGUGGGUCAAUCAUGGCACUAUGUAUAAACUUGAAUCUCUGGGAUUUGUUUGGACAUGCUUUAAAUCCAGGGUUGGGUAGGUUACUUUCUAAAUGUAAUCCCUUAAAGUUACUAGUUACCUGUCCAAUAUUGUAAUCAGUAACAUAACUUUUGGGUUAUCCAAACUCAGUAAUGUAAUCUGAUUACUUUUGGAUUACUUUCCCCUUAAGAGGCAUUAGAAGAAUACACAAAGGAUCCAUCAAAUGCAUUUGGUGUGUCAUAAUAGUGGUCUGACUAUUAGUGGAACAAACUUAAACUUGAGCCUUUUUUCAAUGUUGAAUUGAAUGUCAAUGAGAAAAUAGAAUGGUGUCAUAUAAUUGUAUUUAGCAAACAUCCGUUCUGAAUUUAAAAGUAAUCCAAGAAGUAAUCAUCUAGUUUUAAAAAAGUAUUGUAAUCUGAUUACAAUAUUUUUGCUGGUAAUGUAACUGAUUACAGCUACAGCUUUAUUGUAAACAGUUACUCCCCAACCCUGUUUAGAUCUAAAUGUCUAUUGGUCAGGUGAAAUAAUGACCAACUUGGACAGUCCUCUUAGGGAAGUGUUAUUAAUGCCAAUACAGUUACCAUCAGCUAAGUGUAUAGAUUUUCUAUAGAUUUUAGUCGUCGCUGGUGCUCUCUGAACCAAGGUAACUUCAGCUACUAUGAGAGUGAGAAGAGCUCCAGUCAGAGGGGAGGGAUGAAGAUGAGUGAUGUCCUGUGUCUGUUGGUCAACCCCCUAGGGAAACAUGGGUAAGACAGGCAAAACACAUUCACCCCCAUCAGUAAUGACGUGAGCAGAUCACAUGUACUUUUCCAGGGUGUAGCAAGUGCAGCUGUUUAUACCAUUUAGGCAUCAUUGGGAGUUUAUAAAACCCUAUCAGUGUAGGCUUCAGUACAAUGUUUAUAUAUAUAUUUCUUACCACACUGUACCUUUCCUGGCUCAGUUAUGCCCAUUCCUUUGAGCUGUACCAUGACUCUGGGAAAGUCUAUCUAUUUGGAGAAGACUCCUCUGACAAAGUGAGAGGGUGGAUCAAGGCCAUCGCCAAGGUAACCACCUCUUUAAAACUAGAUUUCAAUGAGUAUUAUGAUAGACUGGUAAUUAGUAGUUUUGCAAGUGUAUAGCUAGGUACUGUCUUAUCUUAUUGUGUGUCAGGCGCUAGUCCCAUCUGCAGCAGAGGACCUGGUGUGCUGGUCCUUUGAGAGGGUGGGCCAGUUGCGCUACACUGAGGGCCAGAGCCUCCAUUGCCCUCGCCUGGGCUGGUUCUCCCUGGGGGGCUCCAGAUUGCGCCUACUCCUCCACGGAGCAGAUCGAGUGGAGAACAUCGACCUGCGCAAAAUAAAGGAGCUCUGUGAGUCACCCCUGAAACUACCACAGUGGAGAGAUUAGGAUGUACUGUAGAGGGAGAAGUUUAGUGAAGUUUAAGGUUUUAGUGUGUGUUGUUGUACUAAUGAUGUAAGAGUGAUAUAUAUUUGGCUGCACGGAAUAAAACAGCUACUAUGUUGAUGUACAUGUUGAUGUAGACAGUGUUUGAUUGUGUGAGUCAUGAUAUUGUAUGUUGUUUUGUGUCCCUGUUUUAGCCAUUGAGCAGGAGGCUGGUGCUGGUGCUGUGGUGCUGGUGGACAGAGGCAGGAGCCUGCGUGUGGAGGGGGUCAGGAGGCCUGACUUCCAGGGCUGGCUGAGUGGGCUCAAGCAGGGCUCAGGGAGAGGAGAAGGCCCCCUGGAACAGCAGCAGCUCACUGAGACAGACGUCCCUGUCAUCGUGGACCGCUGCAUGAGCUACAUCACACAGCAUGGUGGGUGGACCUAGCAUGGCAUCGGUUGGGACGGAGACCUAACAAAAGAUAAGCUCUUACUAGCUUCACUAAUUUCAGUAUCAGUGUAUUUGGAAGUCUGUGUUAAUGGUUCAGUGUUAAUUUGUUUCUUUAUGACGGUUUCCUUUCCAGGUUUGAAGUCAGAGGGCAUCUAUCGGAGGUGUGGUGUGAACUCCAGGAUUGCCGCCCUACUGUUCUUUCUCCGCCAUGAUGCCCGGCAGGUCCGUCUGAGUGAAGGGGAGCGCCAGGUGGAUGACGUGGCCAAUGUCCUGAAGAGGUUCCUCAGGGAAGUGGGAGAUGGUGUUUUCAACGGCUAUCAGGCCUCUCUGCCAUGGCUCCACACCACUAGUGAGUCUGGCCUACCCUUAUUCUAAUACUGGUGGACCACAAUGACAACACCACUGCUUUUCACUGCUCGUCUUGGUAGUCGUAUCAUUGAGCACUGUUACAUGCACACAAUAAUGUGAUUAUUGUGGAUAGUCAGGUUAAUAUAAUAGCUUGUUUAAAACAUUUACAUGUUUUGCAAGAAGAACGAUUUCCCUAAUAAUCCUGUUUACACCUGAAAUCAGGCUACUGAUGGGACUUUUGAUAAAUGCAGAAAAUCGUCAAUUAAAAUGAACGUUCUACCAUAGUGAUCAUGUUAUUUUUGCGAAGGCUAUUUGAUUCUGAGUUCAGACAUAUAAAGUUUGUAAGUAAAAACGAUUUAUAACAUGCAUACUUUCAGUUUUUCCGAACUUACUUCACUCACGCAUAAUAGGGAGGUUUGCACUACCCGGUGCUUGCAUAUGCGCAGAUCAAAUACACCACUGGAACGCCGAUUAAGCUGUUUACAUGUCCUAAUAAUUCUAAAGAUUGCUCAGAAAACUAGGUGUUUUAAUCAGCAUAUGCUUACUUCGAUUAUGACCGUACGCCGAUUAAGAUAAGCAGAGUAAGGUGUUUACAUGACUAAUGUCAUACUCUGUCUUCUGCCAUAAUCAGUUUAAUAUAGAAUUAUUAGUGUGCAUGUAAACGUACUCAGUGGUAGCCCCAUGAUAGGGAGUUGUGUGCUGUAAUGUGUAGGUAUUCUUCUUCUAUGUCCACCAGCUGUCAGUGAGAUGAGUGAGAGAGUGUCCAAGUACCAGGCCCUCCUCCACAGCCUCCCCCCAGUCAACAGAGCCACUCUGGGGGCUGUCAUCAACCACCUCUACUGGUGAGCCUCAAUCUCUACGUCUGUCUGUCCUCCUUCUUAUUUUCUUAUCUCCAUUCUGGAAAAAUCUUCCUCUUUCCCACUGGACCUGAUGAGAAUAUGAGUUUAUAUUUGGGACAUUUGUCCUUUAUUCACCUAUAAGUAGAAUAAAAAUAGUUUAUAUACAGUUUAUAUAUAAGGAAUUGACUAAUUUGUCUUAGAAAAUUCAAUAAUAUAAUAAUAAUAUGCCAUUUAGCAGACGCUUUUAUCCAAAGCGACUUACAGUCAUGCGUGCAUAAAUGUUUUGUGUAUGGGUGGUCCCGGGGUUCGAACCCACUACCUUGGCGUUACAAGCGCCGUGCUCUACCAGCUGAGCUAAUUUGUCUUCGAAAAUUCAAGACAUGCAUCGCUGUUGUACAAAUCUGGCGAUUUUGUUCCCAAAGCAUCCAGUGCUUUGCAAAUGAGAAUCAGAUGAACAUGCACAACCUGGCCAUUGUGUUUGGUCCCACGCUCUUCCAGACGGACGGCACUGAUAAAAGCGCAGGACAGGUGGUAGAGGAUCUAAUCCAGAACUACCAGGACAUCUUCAAUGUGAGUGUGUCUGUCUCACACUGAUGACAUCACUGAUUUAUAGAAGAUAAAGAGAGCGAAAUGCACUGUGUUGUCACAAGAAGCCAAAUGAAAUGGCCUGAUCAGAUGGAUGGAAUGUAUCUGUCUGUCUGUGUGGCAGGUGGAUGCAGAGCAGCUUCAGAGGCAGCUGGACAUGAUCUCUCAUGUCAUCAAAGCGCAGGAGGAACACGCUGAGGAGGUGAGCACACACCCAUGGCAUAAUGACAUUUUCAGAACCCCUUGCAGCAGUUGUUUGCCACACAACUGAAAUUAUUAAAUCCUUGACCUAUACUAUCUAUCUCUUACUAUUUGCUGGAAUAAGGAUGGCUGUUGGCCUGCUGCAUCUUUCUCUUCAUCCUGUUCUGUAGGGAAGCCCCUCACCUCUCACCAUCUGUGGGGUUUACCUCGAGAGGAAGGCGGAGGGCUCUGAACUGCUGGUUCAGGUCAGCUCCAUGUGCACUCUCCCCUUUCACCUUUGACUCUAGAAUCCAUAGACUACAGUACAGGGUGUUCUUCUGCAAUUUUUUGUGCCCAGAUGAUCAUAAGCUCCCCUGCCUGCUCCCCUCCCUCAGAUCUCCCAGGAAGUGAGUGCUGCGGAGCUGGUAGGUAAGGUCCUGAGACGCAGGAACAUCCCUCCACAGCAGGGGGACUACUGGAGCUGCUUCCUGGUCAGCGACAACCAGGAGAUAGGUAAUGGUUUAGAACACCUCAGUUACAGUUGCAAAGUAUCUUCUUAAAUGUUUGAGGAGUAGGACAGCUGUUGGUAAUGAAGUGUAAAAUAUCUUAUAUUGUUAUAAUGAACGCUAGUGCUCAACUGUAAACUAGUGGUCAAAUACAUACUUCUCUGGUUCCCCCAACAGAGCGUCCAUUGCACUAUCAGGAGCGAGUGCUGACCAUCUAUUUCUCUCUGGGUAAAGACUGUCAUCUGGUGGUCAAGAGGAACUGCUACAUGGAGGCCAUUCUCAUCAACAUAGGUACAGUAUUUUGAAGGAGUUUUGAAUGACUACAUAGUCAGUUUUGGAUUGACUACAAAGUUAAACUUUACUACAUCAAGUUUUGAAUGACCAGUACAUACUAUAAAUAUACUUACACAAUUGCAUAUAUUCUGUAAAAAAAAAAGCAUUGAUAACGGAAGAGAAAGUCCAAUGAAAAGGGGGAAGGAGAUGUGUUAAUGAUAUGGUAGAAAAUGUGUACAAAGUAAAUGAGAGUUGGAUGUCCCCUUUCACAGCAGGCAGGGUAGAUGUGUCAAGAAACGGUCUGAUCAAGUUCUGUGAAGAGAAGCGUCAACGGGGUAAGGGAACCUUCAGCAGACGCCUCUGUGUGCUCAGUGGCGUGUCUCUAAGGCUGUACAAAGAAGUAAAGGUAAGAGGGGAUGUGUGUGUGUUGUUUGUUUCUGACAGUGUGAGACUCCUGUAAUGUAUAUGCAGUAUUUGUGUAACAACAGCUUUGUUUGCUCAUCUUGUAGAGUUCUCAGCCUGAGAGGGAGUGUCCAGUCCAUGCUCUGAAGGUCUACUGUGGUAUCAAGAAGAAGCUACAGCCACCGUCAUGGUGAGAAUCUCUGAAUGUCCCACUUGUGGCUUUAACCAGCAACCCCCCAUUUCAAAUCAUUUGAGUCCAUAUCAGCUGUCCAUAUCAUGUCCUUGCUCUCCUUUCUUAUGAUCUUGUGUUCUAGCUGGGGGAUGACUGUAGUGUGUGAGAAGGCAGUACGAGACAUACAGCAAUGGUGAGUGUCUUUAGUAGCAACUCAAGAUCGGUAAACAGUAGUAAUUAGAGCACUUAAGCUCUGCUGAGGAUCAUGGUAAAGAUCUAGCCCUUCCCCCGCCCACUACCAAUCUUCGCAGGUACCUGUGCUGUGAAUCAAAGAAGGAGCUGAUCGAGUGGCUGGCCACUUUUAUGAGCCUCCAGGUAAUUAUCCUAGAGAUUAUCUUUUUGUGGCAAUAAAAUGUCCUGCUUUUUUUCUACUUUUGCUUUUCUCAUCACCUUUUUUUGUAUUUAUUCAUUCUCUCAUAGCAUGAUGGUGACCUGUGGCCAGCAGCUUCCAGGCUAGAUUCUUGA